AUGUGCAAGACCGCGGUCCUCGUUCGACGGUACAUGUGCGACGAGAACCACACCACGCCCCCGGAGCCGGGCCCGAUGGCCCCGGUCCACGGCUGCGGAAAGUGCGGCAUCGUCACGGUGAGGGCGGAGGUUCAGGGGGAGCCGAUCCGCAGGCCGUGUCUGCAGUGCGAGCCCGAGUGGGAGGUGUACGAGGGCCGUUGGAUGCGCAAGACGACCGCCGACAGGUAUCGCGCCGUCGCCGCCGUCGCAAAGAGCCGGUAA